GCCCGCGGGGCCCGUGACGUGCGUGCGGCCCUACAGCUGCCGGGACAAGGAAAAAAUAGAUAUGUCGACAUAUUCUAUUGAAAGUAUUAGAAACUUCAGUAUUAUAGCUCACGUAGAUCAUGGCAAAAGUACCCUAGCAGACAGAUUACUGGAAAUUACAGGAACAAUUGCUAAAACUGACCGUAAUAAGCAAGUGCUGGAUAAGCUGCAAGUGGAACGUGAAAGAGGGAUUACAGUUAAAGCACAGUCUGCGUCUCUUUUUUACAGUCAUGAAGGAGUAAAGUACCUCUUAAAUCUCAUUGACACGCCAGGCCAUGUAGAUUUCAGCUAUGAAGUAUCACGGUCAUUAUCUGCUUGUCAAGGUGUCAUACUUGUAGUGGAUGCGAAUGAGGGUAUUCAGGCUCAGACAGUGGCAAACUUCUAUCUUGCUUUUGAAGCACAGCUUGCCAUAAUUCCUGUAAUAAACAAGAUUGACCUGAAGAAUGCAGACCCUGAAAGAGUUGAAAAACAAAUUGAGAAGCUGUUUGAUAUCCCUGUAGAUGAAUGUAUAAGGAUUUCUGCUAAACAAGGAACAAACGUUGAAAAAGUUCUGCAAAAAGUCAUUGAAAAGAUUCCACCACCCCAAUUCAAUACUACUGAUCCACUGAAAGCCUUAGUGUUUGACUCCACCUUUGACCACUAUCGAGGUGUCAUAGCUAAUAUUGCACUUUUUGGUGGGGAGAUUCAGAAAGGGCAUAAAAUUGUAUCUACUCACACAAAGAAAAGGUAUGAAGUUAAUGAAGUAGGAAUACUGACUCCAAAUGAACAGCCAACGCAUAAACUAUAUGCUGGACAGGUGGGCUACCUGAUUGCUGGCAUGAAAGAGGUAACGGAAGCCCAAAUAGGAGACACGCUGUUUAUGCAUAAACAGCCAGUGGAGCCUUUGCCUGGCUUUAAGUCAGCGAAACCAAUGGUCUUUGCAGGAAUGUAUCCUUUAGACCAGUCAGAAUAUAAUAACCUCAAAAGUGCUUUGGAAAGACUGACACUGAAUGAUUCCAGUGUAAGUGUUCAUCGUGACAGUAGCCCUGCUUUAGGAGCUGGAUGGAGGUUGGGUUUUCUUGGUCUUUUACAUAUGGAAGUUUUUAAUCAACGUUUGGAGCAAGAAUAUAAUAUGUCUGUUAUUUUGACUUCACCUACUGUUCCAUAUAAAGCUAUUCUUUCCUCAGCAAAGUUGAUAAAGGAAUAUGGUAAAAAAGAGAUUACUAUUAUCAGCCCUGCUCAGUUUCCUGAUAAGCUUUCAGUAUCUGAAUAUUUGGAGCCAACUGUUCUUGGUACUGUUGUAACACCUCAACAAUAUAUUGGGAAAAUAAUUGCUCUGUGCCAGGAUCGCAGGGCAGUCCAGAAGGAUAUGCUGUACAUUGAUGAACACAGGGUUAUGCUGAAAUACCUCUUUCCACUGAAUGAAAUUGUGGUGGAUUUUUAUGAUGCUCUUAAAUCUCUGUCUUCUGGUUAUGCAAGUUUUGAUUAUGAGGAUGCAGGUUACCAGGCAGCAGACCUUAUCAAAAUGGACAUUCUUCUAAAUGGAAAUCCAGUUGAAGAACUGGCAACUAUCAUACCCAAUGAUAAGGCAUAUGCCACCGGUAAAUUCCUGUGUGAACGUUUAAAAGAUGCUAUACCUAGACAGUUAUUUGAAAUAGCCAUCCAGGCUGCUAUUGGCAAGAAAAUCAUUGCAAGAGAAACGCUGAAAGCUUACAGAAAAAAUGUUGUGGCAAAAUGUUAUGGUGGAGACAUUACAAGAAGAAUGAAGCUCUUAAAGAGGCAGGCAGAAGGGAAGAAGUUGAUGAGAAAGAUUGGCAACGUGGAAGUACCAAAAGAUGCCUUUAUACAUGUUUUAAAAAGACAGUCUGACAAAUAAAUCAGCAACAUGCAGUUGACUUUUCUCUCAAAAUUUUCUUGGCAGUAGCAAGAUGAGUUAAUGUAUAAUUUAUCACUGGGAGAGGGAGCAAAAUUUGACUUAAAAGGAUGAGUUAGAUAUAAACAAACAAAAGGACUAUAUGCUUAAAAAUGUACAGAUAUUUGUAAGUUAUUAUGAAAUUAAAGUUAUUUCAUUUGUUACUGAAUCAGAAAGUUUUUAUUAUAACUUUCCAGAUGUUUCAUACUUUCUAUACUUAAUUAUUUUAAUACAGCAGUUAUGUGUUUUUUUGGCAUUGUAAGCCCUUGCAUGAGAAACAAACUGUGGCAAAAAAUCAUAACAGUAACUUAUGGAUAUUCUUUAACAAAGUUGGCAUUUAUUAAAGAUUCUGAAUUGUUGCCACAAAAAUUUCUUUCAACACAGAUUAUUCUCAAAAGUCUAGGGGAAAAAAUGGGGAGGGAAUUUUGAUAGUUUCAAAUUUAAAAAAGAAAAAGUUGAAAAGUUAAGGUAUUUUAGCUGUACUGAAAAAUCAGAGAUCUGGAUGUGAACAAAGUAUUCCAUAAUCUCUAAGGUAAAGCUACAUAAGCUGCUGCGACUAAUACUUCUCUCAAAGAAAGGAAAGCUACUAUGGACAAAGGCUAGCAUUGAUAUUAUUCCUCCCCCUAAAAACCCAGGAGUGCACCACAGAGCUACAUUUUUAAGAAAGUCCAGAGACAGUGGUAUUUGCUGAGAACAAAGGAUGUUUUUCCUAAAGCUUUCUUUUUUUUCUUUAAGUAAACCCAAAGGCAGAGAGAAGAGUCUAGCUCUAUGCUGAAGAGAAGGGUAGAAAUUAAAGGUAAGCUAGAGGUUAUCCAAGAAGUAACUUUAAUUAGACAGUCUUUAUGAAAGUUUAAGUUAAAUGCAUAGGUAAUGCUACCUUGGGACUGAGACUGAAACUCAGCCUUUUAGCCCUUAUAGUAGUAUCUGAAACAGAAAAAAAGAUUCCUAGUCUAAUGAUGUCAGUUUUGUGAGCAAGGAUUUUAAAUGAACUGGAUAGUACUGUUUAACUGUAGAACAAUAAAUGAAGUAGUAGUUCUUACUGUGACAAAAAAAAUCUGAUUCCAGAAAGUCACAGAUUUAAACUCUUUCCUUUAAACAUAUGCAAAAAAAAAAAAAGCUAAGGCUUUUAAGUAAAAUGUGAAAGUAGAUGUCUCAGGCUAAAUUAGGAGUUACUUUUUUUUAAACCAAAGAAACCAUAACUUAAGACUUACUGAGCUUGAAAAUACUUACUUUACUAUUUAGAUUUUAACAACAGACUGCAGGGUAACAAGGGUAACAGUUUAAGUUUAAUGCAACUUCCUAAGAUAAUUAACUUAUUUUCAGUUACUGAACAGUUUAGAAGGUACUUUCACAGAGGAAUUGGUAUUUCAUAAGAAAGCAAUUGCAAGUAUGUCAAGGGCAGACCUAAUAGGUAGAAACAGUUUAGUAGUAUAGAAAAAUGAAGUCAUGAAUUUACAGGGGUUAGCAUGGAGUUCUGUAUAUAGCAGACUCCACAAAUUACAAGUGAAAGCCUC